UCUCACAAUACUUAUCCGCACCUUCAGAUUCUAAAAGAAGUGAUGGCUGGUCCGCUGGCAGGACGAAUUUUAGUGCUCUACCUUGAUCCUGCUUUGCGUUCCCAUGUUCUUGGAAAAAUCUUGACAUCCGCCAUCCAAAAUUCCUUCAUUCUAGUUGACCUUGCUUCAAAUGGAGAAGAAUGGCGUAAAGAACAAACGACGGCAGUGCUAAGAGCAGAUAAUUUGGUCCACGUGGUGGUAUUCGUCAGUGAUCCCCGCCCAUUCUUCCGUUCAGUCGCCAACACAGAUAACAUUUGGAGGCCAAAAUUCCUCUUGAUGUUCAGUAUUUCAAAAGAGUCUCAUGAAUAUGUUGUCAAAGCAGAGGAAUUCAGUUAUUGCGAAAGAAUCGUCAUGUUCCGGCCUCAUAGUAGUGGAAAAAAGGGUCAUAGUAACCAAAUGGAAAUGUUGACUUAUUUUCCAUUUUCACAUCGCCAAAGUAUCGUCUCUCUUGGUCUGUGGUCAGUUUCUGCAGAGUUACUGACUGAAAAUAUUUUUAUUGACCGCUUUCCAUCAUUCGAGGGAUACAUGUUCUUACUGGGGACAUGGUUUGAUGACUACCCUUACUUGCAUCAGGCGAAAACUAAACCCGAAGGUGAGGGAGACGGAGUGGAAGUUGAGAUGCUAAAUACACUGGCAGCUAACCUUAAUUUUACUUUUGACCUUACCACGAAACCACCCGAUGAAAAGUGGGGAUAUUUUGAGAAUGGCUCCUGGACCGGGAUGCUUGGAAUGGUCUAUAAUGGAGACAAAAAUUUCACCGUAAAUUACUUCGGUUAUACCAACAAGAGAAUUGAAGACUUUGAUGCGAGUGUGUCCUACUGGAUGGAGGGGUUUGGACUAGCGCUCUUGAAGCCCCAACCCUUCCCAAAGUGGCGCAGUGUGUAUUACCCAUUCACUCCGGUGGUGUGGAUGUCAGUAGCAGUAUCUUCCAUCGUCGUCCUUAUGGUUAUGUAUUUUCAGGACCUUGCCCAAGAUAAACCGGUACUGGGGAGCCUUGGUCAUGUGUGGCUGUACGUGCUGCGUCCAGUCCUGAGCCAUGCUUUACCACGGCUCCCGACGAGGCACAGCCAGCGGGUGUUCAUAGCAGCCUGGUGGUUGGCCUGUCUCAUCCUCACCACAGCCUAUACCGCUAACCUUAUUGCUUUCCUUACCAUUCCUCUAUACCCAAAACAGCUGCAAACAGUGGAGCAACUGGCAAAAAGUAAUUACAGGGUUUCCAUGUUCGAUUAUGGAGAGUUUGUGCCUCAGGCUCUGAAAUCUUCACGGGAUCCUUUUUAUAGGACACUGGGACAGAAGCUUGAUCUGUUCACCGACGAUGCAGAAUCUGUGUACCCGGUGCUGAAUAGGACUCAUGCUUAUAUAGAGAGCUAUUCAUAUAGUCUCAUAUAUUUUUUGGAUGUGUUUCAGGUUUCGAAUAUUUACAUGCUCCGAGAGCAGCUGUAUCCUGGACACCUUUGUUGGUAUUUCAAAAAGAACACACCGUGGAAGUUUAAGUUCGACGUGGGACUCCAGAGUAUGGUACAGGCGGGUCUUAUCGCUCAUUGGCUUAAGGUAAAAACUGAAGACUUCUUGGGAGUAGAUUUUGAGAGGAAACUGCGGCUGGAGGGUAAAGAAAACACAGCCGCCCUCCCUCUCACUCUUCAGCACACGCAAGGACUAUUUUUCCUCCUCCUCUUCGGGUGGGUUGUUGCUACUGCCGUCUUCAUCAGGGAAAUUAUAGUAAUCUGAAAUCCAGCUGUGACCUCCAGCACAACCGAAAAAUAGUUUCUAAAUUUACAUAGAAUAUGUUAUGAAAACAAACGAUUGAUAAUAAUAUGUUAUGAAAACAAACGAUUGA